AUGCCCAUCGUUCUCGUUGCCAAGCUCCGCGCUACCAGCCCCGAGGCUGCCGACAAGAUUGAGCAGGGCCUCAAGGCGAUCCGCGACUACGCUACUUCCGACAAGGAGCCCGGCUGCCUCCUCUACUACCCCGCUAGGCACAACGAGGACCCCCUCGCCUUCACCGUCUUCGAGGAGUACAAGGACCAGGAGGCCAUCGCUACCCACAUGAAGACUGAGGUCUUCCAGAAGUUUGCGUCCGACGAGUCCGUCUUCGAGGGCGGCGUCAAGGGCCUCGACCUCCAGUACUACACCCGCAUUUGA